UCUCCCUUCUCCACACUCUGCUUCUUUAAGACUUGGUUCGGGUGAAGUAACAGUCUCGUUCUGCUGUUUCUUUAAUUUAGAGAUAAUGAAUUCGUCAGUUAGUGCCGAGGAAGUAAAACUGGAGAAACUACGAAGCAAUGCUAUGAGAGGCAAGUGGCCGAAAGUAUUUGAAAUAUAUGUACAAGAAAGGGCGCUACGCACAGCCAAGAUAACAGGGACAGGAGACACAGUGUUGCACAUGACUGUGUCUAAUGGGCAAGAGAAGGUGGUGGCAAACAUGGUGAACUUGUUAGUUCUUGAAGAAAAUAAGCUCGGUCAGAAUAAUGUGGUGGUUAUAGUGGAUGAAGAUGAUGAGGAAAGCUGGAAAGCGAACAACGUCCUCGGGUCUCAAAAUGAUAGAAAGAACACGCCCCUGCACUUAGCAGCAACAAUGGGAAAUGUUGAAAUGUGCAGGAAGAUUGGUGGCACAGACCCCUCAUUAAUCACUAGACGUAACAUUGCCGGGGAGACGCCCCUUUUCCUGGCGGCUCUUAACGGUAUAACGAUGAUACCAUUCUUCACUGUGCAAUCGCAGAAGGACAUUUUGAUGUAGCAAUCGAAAUAGUUCACCUUUAUAAAGAUCUUGUAAGAAGGAUGAGGCGCAACAAGGAAGGAUUAUCUCCACUUCAUCUCC